AUGGAUAUGAAAUUUGUUAUGAUAAUAAUACUGGGCUUUGGCUUUAUGUUUGUCUUUACUGCAUUUCAAACAAUGUGUAAUAUUGAGAAAACCAUAUUGGAUAGCAUUGCACAGGAGGAUGCCAGCUUUAAGGGCGAGGGCUACACCAGUCUGGCUAUUAUCUAUCUGUUCUUUUCGCUCUCCAAUUGGCUGGCACCUUCGUUUAUAUCCUUUACAGGACCACGCGUGGCCAUGGUAGUUGGCGCCACGACCUAUACGGCUUUUAUGAUCACCUUUAUAUUUCCAUCUACGUCGCUGCUUUACAUUGGCAGCGCUCUUCUGGGCUUGGGUGCUUCUAUUACCUGGACAGGGCAGGGCACUUACCUGGCGCGUUGCAGCAGCUCCGAUACCAUCUCACGCAACUCUGGCGUCUUUUGGGCUUUGCUACAGUGCAGCAUGUUCUUUGGCAAUUUGUUUGUGUAUUAUCAGUUCCAGGAUAAAACACACAUUGACAAGGAAACACGUAAUCUGGUCAUUGGCGUAUUGACUACGGUAGCUGUUUUGGGCAUUGUAUUCUUAGCCGCCUUGAGAUUUAUGGCCAACAAUGCGGAAAGCGAUAAUGAGUUGGAACAGAAGCACACGGGGUGUGGUCAAGCGAUCUAUGCCUUUAAAUUAGCUGGUCAACUAUUCUGCACCAAGAAAAUGCUGCUACUCAGCUUGGCUUUCUUCUACACUGGCUUGGAGCUCUCUUUCUUCAGCGGCGUUUUUGGUUCAGCCAUUGGCUUUACUUCACAAAUUGCUGCCACACCCAAGGAAAUUGUAGGACUAGUUGGCAUUUGCAUCGGGGCCGGUGAAGUCUUUGGCGGAGGAUUAUUUGGCAUAUUGGCCUCAAAGACCACACGAUAUGGACGCGAUCCCAUUGUUAUUGCUGGUUAUCUUAUGCAUAUGGCAGCCUUUUUUCUCACUUUCAUUAAUUUGCCAAACAGCGCGCCGUUUAAAGAUACCACCGAUAUAUCAUAUUUGGAUCCGCCCAGAGCUAGCAUUGCACUCAUUUGCGCCUUUCUUCUGGGCUUGGGUGAUGCCUGCUUCAAUACUCAAAUAUAUUCAAUGCUAGGCGGCGAGUAUGUUAACAAUGCUGUGGGCGCCUUUGCAUUGUUUAAGUUUACACAAUCUGUGGCGGCAGCAAUUAGCUUUUUUUACUCCGCGCACUUUGGCCUCUAUGUGCAAUUGGCCAUUCUGGUGGUCACCGGUACCAUUGGUACGGUUGCCUUUGUGAUUGUCGAAUGGAGCUUCAAGCGGCAACAUCGCGAGCAGGAAGCCUUUGAAAAGUAAAUUAGUUCGCAAUAACAUAAAAUACUUGUACUUGUAUGUAUGAAAUCCUAGUAUUAGCGGAGAGAGAUUGCUUAGGGUAUAGCGCGUAUGUACAUGUUAUUGAUGAGCUAGUUAUGUGCAUAAAUGUAUGUCCAAUGUUUGUUGAACCCAUCGUGCGGGUAUCUUUAAUGCAUCCGCCGGCGUCUUCCUAUACAUAUGCAAUAAUAGUUAAUUGUUAUUAAGCGAGAGUAAAUUUGUUGCUAUAUGUAUGUAUGUAUUUUAAAUGUUAUACUUCGAAAACGUAUUCGUAAAUCUAGUUGUAAUUGUUUUAUAUAUAUGCAUGUAUGUGUGUGUAUUUAUUUAUUUUAAGCACCAAUUGUGCAAUUGUAAUUUGAUAUUUUGUACAAUAACAAUAACAACUUGUUGUGAGCACACGCAGCAAGUAAGCAUAAAAUUAUAUAUAUUGUCUUU